AUGCUGGGCGCUCGACUCGAGGAGCUCAUAUUUACCGAACGUUUGCAAUUCGAGUCGGUCAAUGCCACUUUUCCCGAUCCGGAUCGCCAACGCGAGCUGCUGCAACAAGAUGAAGAAGAGGACUUUCUAGAUGAGGCUUCCGUAAAUCCGCAUGGUAAUGAUUGCCCACAUGCGUUGAAAUUAAUUGCAUGUGUGCUGCUCUACGAAAUCACUGCUUUUCUGCGAGACACUUAUGUCUUACUGCCCAAAGCAUCGAAGCUGCUACAUCGCGAGAAACACGCACCUUGGGAGAAGGUAUAUCGCGAGGCAAAUCGUCGUUGGUCCAUGGCAUUGAGCUCGAUGGGUCAUUCGCAGACAUCGGCGCAAAGUUUACAGUCCAUUGCUGCCGGUAAUGACACCACGGGCGGUCAAACUGAGCGAAAGAUAUCGUUUGUGCUGCACGAACCCGACAAUGAGUCAGAAAAUAGUAGCAACACUACGCUAACGAAAGAAGGUGAAGAAGCUCGUCGGCCAGCCGCUUCAGCCGUGCGACCAUUCCUUUUGCGCCGUGGUACAGCCACUACCACGGGUGGUUCCUUCAAGCGUCGCUCAUUGAAGCUGCGACGUAAUACUAAGGAUGGCAAAGAUCUAGAAACCGACUUCAAACGCGUCGACUCCAUACAGUCGCGUCGCAAAGUGUCAUCGCUCUCCGAUCGCAGCGAUACUUCGGAACAAGGAAUGGUCAGUGGUGAAGAAUCGCCAGGAAUACUAAGCGACGAUCAACAACCAGAAUCCCCCACAGACUCCAACGAAACAGAUGACACGGCCAAAAAUAUGCCUUGGCUUAAAGCAGUUAUCGAUCUUAUUACUAGCUACAACUACUAUUGUCCACACAAGGGCUAUUGUCAUCCGUACUGCUACAAGAGACAUAUGCGCGCCUGUACGCGUUUGAUAAAGGCCACCCGAAAG